GUAGAAGUCUAGCACUUGUAACUAAUAUAGGCACUCAAGAUUGUAUAUAUAUUGAGGCAUGCUUUUACAUGCGAUCAACACAGAAUAAAAUUCUUUCACUCUUCCGUCUCUUAUUUAAUUUGGUAUCAGAGCGGCGAACGAUCCACGAACGUUUUUUACGAUGACGAACGACCUUCAAUCUGCACAGCCUGCACGCAUGCCUUGUUUUAGUGACGAUCAAUGGAGAAAUUUUCUCCAGUUGAUAGAGAAGUGUAAAACGCCGGCUUCCCAAGAAAAAAUAUCGGGACCUACCUUCGAGGAUGCUGAUUGGAGCGGGUGAGAAACGAGGAGGAGUAUAUUAUUUUCGUAGUUUUGAUUCUGCUCGUGCUUGUUCAAUAACGGAGAAGAGCAAAGGAGAUUUGUGGCACUCCCGGUUAGGACAUCCGUCUGUCAAAGUUUUGCGUUCUGUUCUUACUUUCAAUAAUACUGUGUUGGAGAAUGGCUUGAAUAAAUUUUGUGAUGCAUGUUUGCGAGGGAAAAAGACGCGUGAUAUUUAUCAUAUUAGUGAAUCCAGAGCAUUUGCAAUAUUUGAUUUGAUACAUUGUGAUGUCUGGGGUCCCUAUCGUACACCUGCGUCUUGUGGUGCUAGAUAUUUUUUGACUAUAGUUGAUGAUUACUCACGUGCUGUAUGGGUUUUUUUGAUGAGGGAAAAAAGCGAGGUGUCCCAGAUAGUUAAACAAUUUAUUGUUUUGAUCGACCGUCAAUUUAACAAAAGGGUGAAAAUUGUUAGGAGUGAUAACGGGACAUAAUUUCAAAGUUUGAAAAAUUAUUUUUUGGAUCAUGGAAUUAUUUUUCAAACAACUUGUGUUUACACUCCACAGCAGAAUGGACGGGUUGAACGCAAACACAGGCAUAUUUUGAAUAUUGCUCGCACCCUUCGUUUUCAUGCUCAUCUACCGAUUGAUUUUUGGGGUGAAUGUGUCUUGACUGCUUGUUACCUUAUUAAUCGAUUGCCUACUCCCGUCUUGGAAUAUAAGAGCCCUUAUGAAUUAUUGUAUAACAAGCCACCCAAGUAUGAUCAUUUGCGUGUAUUUGGGUGUCUUUGUUAUGCACGUUCAAACGGAACGGACGGGGAUAAAUUUGCUCAACGAGGCCUUAAAUGCAUUUUCUUGGGGUAUCCUUAUUCUCAGAAAGGAUGGAAACUAUAUGAUCUUGAAAAUAAACGAUACUUUGUUUCGCGAGAUGUUACGUUUGUUGAGACGCAUUUUCCGUUUGCUACCAUGAGUGAGGAGAAUGAAAUUCCUAACGCGGCUUCCAGUGACAUGGUGACAAUUCCACCGUCUCAUAUCAUGGAUGAUGACAAGUUUGACUCACAAGAAGCUGCUGGUACUCCAAGGGACAAUUCAGGGACAUCUGCCACUACGUGCAUAGAUAAGGAAAAGCAAACCCAUCAAGUAAUAAUAUCCUCCUCUGACCAUGAUAAUGGGAAUCACGUGGAAAUGGAGCUGGACAUGGGAGCUGCUUCCCAGGCCGUAGGAGAGACUAGCGUGCCGACACCGCCAUUUGAAUCCUCUGUACGACGUGGUGCACGACCAAAGCGGCAACCAGUGUGGCAUAAGGACUACACAGUGCAAAUCAAUACUAUGAAAAUAAAUACUUUUCCCGUAGCUCCCUCGUCUCAAUCAGUUGAAUCAGGUAACCCGUAUCCCUUAUCUCAUUAUGUAAAAUAUAAUUGCUUUUCGGUACACCAUCGUGCUUUUAUUGCAGCUAUUUCAGCAACCAAGGAACCGAAUACAUUUCGUGAGGCGGUUACGGAUCCCAAAUGGCGUGCUGCCAUGCAACAUGAAAUUGAUGCGUUGGAGCGAACAGGUACGUGGAUAAUACAGGAUCUCCCCCCUGGUAAGAAACCCAUUUACUGUAAAUGGGUUUAUAAAAUAAAAUACAAGAGCGAUGGCAGCAUUGAUCGCUACAAAGCUAGGCUCGUGGUCUGUGGUAACCGCCAGAUACAGGGAAUUGAUUAUGACGAAACCUUUGCUCCGGUUGCCAAAAUGGUCACGGUACGUACUAUUUUGGCUAUAGCUGCAUCCCGUGGUUGGGAAACACAUCAAAUGGAUGUGGACAACGCUUUUUUACAUGGUGAUCUCCAAGAGGAGGUAUAUAUGCAUUUGCCCCCCGGCUACUCCUCUACUAAAUCCGGACAGGUGUGCAAAUUACUUCGGUCACUUUAUGGGCUUCGUCAGGCCCCACGUUGUUGGUUUUCGAAGCUAACUAAUGCACUUCUUUCCUAUGGGUUUUCUCAGUCACAUGCUGAUUAUUCUUUAUUUACCCUUCACCGUGGUGAUCACCUAUUAUGUAUUCUUGUCUACGUUGAUGAUUUACUCAUUACUGGUACUAGUCCUGAGAUGAUUUCUAUGUUUAAAUCAUAUUUGGCACGAACAUUUCCUGUCAAGGACUUGGGUUUUAUGAAAUACUUUCUUGGUCUCGAAGUUGCACGGAGUCCGCGUGGUAUUUUCUUAUGUCAACGGAAGUAUGUUCUGGAUAUUUUGGCUGAGACAGGACUGACAGGGGCCAAACCCGCUGAUUUUCCUAUGCCUCAAAAUCAUGGCCUUCAAUCUGACGCUGGCCCAUUUUUCUCGGAUCCAGAAAGAUAUCGGCGUCUGGUUGGAAAGUUGAUUUAUCUUACGCUCACCCGACCCGAUAUUAACUAUUCGGUCCAUAUACUUUCCCAAUUUAUGCAAGAGCCUCGGCAGGCUCAUUGGGAUGCUGUCAUCCGCGUACUUCGCUAUCUCAAGGGCCACCCCGGCCAAGGUAUUGUAUACCGGCGUGAUUCUCCUCUUGAAAUUCUUGGGUAUUGUGAUUCGGAUUGGGCUAGUUGUCCAAAAACACGACGAUCCGUUACGGGCUAUUUUGUGACACUUGGGGGGUCCCCUAUUUCUUGGCGGACAAAGAAGCAAGCUACGGUCUCUCGCUCCUCCGCUGAGGCGGAAUAUCGCUCCAUGGCCACGCUUACUUGUGAACUUUUGUGGUUACGAAGCUUAUUUUCAUCCUUGCGAAUUAAGCUCCCCCCACUGAAGCUCUUUUGUGAUAACAAAGCAGCUCUGCAUAUUGCUUCAAAUCCCGUUUUCCAUGAGCGUACUAAACACAUAGAGCUUGACUGCCAUUUUAUUCGUGAUCAUGUGAAGUCA